AAUAAGACAAGUUUCUUGUUCGUUAUUAUUAUCAUGUCCUUUAUAAGGAAGACUUGAUGUGGUUUGGGUCAAAUCAUGAAGAGAGGUAGUGGGAAAAGUCUUUGAACAAUAUUGAAAGUUUCAAUAUACACACAUAUAAUUAUUGAUCCCAUAUAUAGCUUCCUCAAGUACUCCUUAAUUACAACAAUAACCUAUUCUUAUUCUCCUCUUCCACAUCCAAUGCACCCUUCUAUAUAAAUGUCAUGAAAAAUUAUUCAAUUCCUAUAUGGAAAUGGAAUUUUCAUCCCCUCAAAUUCAAUACCCAAAUUUCAAUUUCUUCCAAGAUCAAUCACCAUUACCAUGGAAUAAUGAACUUUUCUUAGAUCAUGACCAUUUGACUAAAUAUCCAUGGGAAGUUGACUCCUUCGAAGAAAAGUACGAUCGUCAGAUACCAAGAAGUUCUUCAUACUCAGACGUUACGAAUUCCUCCAAAGGAAGCAAUUAUCAUGAAGAAGAGGUCACAUCACACAAUUCCACCCAAAACAAAAACACAACAAAAGAAGAAAAAGAAGAAAAACACUAUAUAGGAGUUAGAAAAAGACCAUGGGGAAAAUAUGCAGCAGAAAUAAGGGACUCAACAAGAAAUGGAAUGAGAGUUUGGUUAGGGACUUUUAAUACAGCAGAAGAAGCUGCUUUAGCAUAUGAUCAAGCUGCACUUUCUAUGAGAGGUCCAUUGGCACUACUCAAUUUUCCUAUGGACAAAGUAAGAGAAUCACUUGAAAAUAUUAAGUAUUCUUGUGAAGAUGGAUUGUCUCCAGCUGCUGUUUUAAAAGCAACAAAUAAAAUGAGAUGUGUGAAACAUAGGAGAAAUAGGAAGACGAGAAAGAAGAAAACUGUUUUGGUUUUUCAAGACUUGGGGGCUGACUUGUUAGAUGAGCUUUUGAUGAGUUCAUCUCAGAGUAACACUUCAAGUUGUUUGUAAAAACUGCUCUCUUUUUUUUUCCACUUUUUUUGGUGGACCUUUUAUGUGUAUGUAUAUUUCUGAUUUGGUUGUCAUUGUGAAUCUAUAUAUAGUUAAGGUACACUGGGUCUUAUUAUCUUAAUGUUAGUAUUCUGUAUUUUUAUGGAGUUCAAUUUCACUGAA